UCUGCCUGCAGGCUGCAGCCUGCGCUCCGGCCGGCUUUUCCCCCGACCCCGACUCCGACUCCGACCGCCAGCGUGCACCGCCGGUCCGAGGUCCGCCGCUGAGGAAGGAGGAAAGCCAGGGGUCCCUAGUGCUUUCCAAAUUUCACCAGGCCAACACCGUGCGUCGCAUCCACGCAAAUACCGUGGCGGUGGCGGAAGUGGGGCAGGCGCUUGCAGUCGAGGGCGGCAGCGGCGGCGAGCGGGGACGAAACCCUAGAGCCGCGCUCCAGCGCCGCGCCGCGCCGCGCACGGAUCGGUUCCCCCUCUCCGUUCCCGGCGAUGAACCGGCGGCAUGAGCUCUGCAGGAACUUCCAGCGCGGCAGCUGCAAGUACGGAGCGCAGUGCAGGUUCGUGCACGCGUCCUCUCAGCAGCAGCAGCAGCAGCAGCAGCAGCAGGUGAAGCCCAACCCGUUUGGGUUCGGCUCCGGGAGCAGGCAGCAGCAGCAGCAGCCGUCGUUCGGUGCGCAGUUCCAGCAGCAGCAGCAGCAACAACAACAGCAGCAGAAGCCCAACCCUUUUGGAUUCGGGGUGCAAGGUGCAGCAAAGCCAUUUCAAAAUAAGUGGGUAAGGGACCCUUCAGCUCCAACAAAGCAACCGGAAGCGGCGCAGCCACCACCAGCAGCACACACCUCUUGUACAGAUCCGGAGUCCUGCAGACAACAGAUUGCUGAGGAUUUUAAGAAUGAAACUCCACUCUGGAAGCUUACAUGUUAUGCUCACCUCAGAAGUGGUCCUUGUGACAUCAAGGGGGAUAUUAGCUUUGAGGAGCUGAGAGCUAAAGCUUACGAGGAUGGUCGGCAAGGGCAUCCUCUGCAGUCAAUAGUAGAGGGUGAAAGAAAUCUGCAAAAUGCAAAACUGAUGGAGUUUACUAAUUUCCUGAACAAUCCGCGUGUAUCAGUAUCACAAACUCCAAGCUUUCCAACUGUGGCUUCCUUUCCUGAAGUGAAGAAUAACCCGUCAUUUGGGGUUCCGCAAACUAGUGGACCACCAGUGUUUAGUAGUUUCAGUCAAGUUGGAGCAGGAAAUAACUUUGGACCUGGGCCCAGAACUGCACCAGGAAACCCAACCAAUACUCUCUUUGGUCAACCUGUCCAGGCGAGCCUGCCAGCAUUUCCUGCACCUACUUUUGGCCGUUCUGAUAUGAAAUUUGGAGUUUCGGGUUCAUUUGGAAGCCAGGUAUCACAACAACCAUCUGCGGGCUCAAGCAUGUCCAAUGUUGGCAAUUUCCCCAAGCCUCCUGCAGGCUAUCAGCAGUCUGCCUCCUCAAGCCAUCACAGAGACAUUGAUAGGCAGUCACAAGAUUUACUAAGUGGGAUCGUAGCUCCGACAAGUGCCUUGAACCAAGCUCCUGUUGAGGACAACAAAAAUGAAAAUCAGGAUGAUAGUAUCUGGUUGAAGGAAAAAUGGUCAAUUGGAGAGAUUCCGCUGGGCGAACCACCGCAGAGGCACAUCAGUCAUGUGUUUUAGCAACUCAAGGUAUUCUGUGUCGCGGAGCCGCUACCAAAUCAGCUUCAUUGUCCCCUUCCAUGUUGUCAAGAUACCAUCAGUCAGUUACUCCUUUUCUCCUCCAAGGCUUGCAGCUGCAUAUAACUAUAACAGUACGAAUGGGAGCCGUACGGCGAACUGGCGGAGGUCAAAUAUACACGAAAGGCUGAUUAGUCCGUGUAAAACCUGUCUGUGUCGGGCAUCAUAACGAAGAUCAGAAUAUGCAUGUCCUCGGCUAAACUAUGAACAUCAGCAUUUAGCCUCCCUUGCAUUUGAAGCUCAUAUGGGCUGGGCCUUUUGCUACCGCUGGGCCUAUCUCACCUGGCCUCUGCAUUCUAGUUGUUCCUGUCUAGGAGUCUACGACCUGAUCGAUCGCUGUCUACGACCAUUAAGAAGAGAAGAAAACGAUCACUGCCUUGACAUCA